GUUGGAGUGGUACCAAUUACUGCUGAUGCCGGUAUGGUUGGUGCUAGCAUGAAAUUAUCCUGUAUGUACGCUUAUGCUAGUAAAUUACGACCUAAUCAUAGGUUUUGGGCGAAUGUUCAAUUAAUGAAGAAAAAUGGCACGAAUGAUGCAGUGCUUGACGAGCAGCGACAGAUAAACACUGAUCGCAAGCCUUACAUGUUCUUCACUCUCUCUAGCGAUAAUGUUAAAAAUCCGCGAGAUAUCUAUAUCUACAUCAAACACAACUGCGUUAAAAAUCACACUACAAUGUUCCGGGUCAAAACUGUGGAUGUCAAAAUGAAUAGCAAAAAUCCCGCGGUGAAAAAUGUUGGCACAAUAUUUUUACCUUGA